AAAUGAAACAUAUAUCAUCUUGUUAGUAUCUCUUGUGACCUUAAAAUGCUCUACUUACUGGGAAUUAAACAAUUUCUCGUAAAACAAACUCUAUUGCUUUCUAUAUUACCAUUGUUAUUAGGGUUUAAUUUUAAUAACCAAUUUUCACUCUUCAACAAACUGCUUUCUUCUCUCCAUUUAAAAAAAAAAAUUGUAUCUAAUUUUUAGGGUUAGGGUUUUAGGGUAUUUGGUAAGUUCUAGAAGAUAUAGGGGGCGGUUUUAGUUGAGUGAUGGUGUAGCAAUGGAUACGGUGAACCAGCGGAGAUUGCUAGCGAGACCGUGUGGAUAUGAAGAUGAUGAUGCAGGAUUUGAGCGGAAACACAUUAACGGAGCUCACGAGGUGGUCAUGAAUGGAGUAAUGAGUUCAGUAAACCAUGGCAAUGGAGUUGGAGGAGGAGGCUUUGUUCAAGCGACUCGAACCAGUGAACUCACCAUCGCUUUCGAGGGUGAGGUCUAUGUCUUCCCCGCAGUUACUUCGGAAAAGGUGCAAGCAGUGUUAUUACUACUGGGAGGACAUGAUGCAUCAAUUAAUGUGCCCAGCUCCGAGUUCCUACUACAAGAAAAGGUCAAGGCUGUGGGUGAUUCCUCACGAGGCUCAAAGCUUUCACGAAGAAUUGCAUCCCUAGUAAGAUUUCGUGAAAAGCGGAAAGAGAGAUGCUUUGAAAAGAAAAUACGUUAUACUUGCCGAAAAGAGGUCGCGCAGAGGAUGCACCGUAAGAAUGGACAGUUUGCAUCAUUGAAGGAGUGCUACAACUCAGCUGAUGGAAGCUGGGAUCAAAGUGAUAACACUCCGGAAUCUGCUUUGGGUAGUUGUCAACAUUGUGGGAUCAGUGAGAAGUUAACUCCAGCAAUGCGUAGGGGGCCAGCUGGUCCCAGAACACUUUGCAAUGCCUGUGGCCUUAUGUGGGCAAACAAGGGAACACUGAGAGAUCUUAGAAAAGGAGGGAGGAAUGCUCACUUUGAUUCAAAUGAACUGGAAACUCCAGCUGAUAUUAAGCCUUCAACCAUGGAACCAGAAAAUUCUUUUGCCAACGAGGAUGAGCAGGGAAGCCCAGAAGAGACCAAACCUGUACCUUGGGAUCAUGAAAAUCACUUGAUAAGAUCAAACGAACAGGAAUUUGCAGAAAAUUCACAUCCUUUUCCCGUCCAAGUGGAGAAUUCCUCAGUCAACCUUGAUGAUGAGGACAUGCAGGAAACAUUGGAAGAGCUUGCCGACGCUUCUGGGUCAGAUUUUGAGAUUCCUUCACAUUUUGAUGAGCAGGUUGACAUUGAUGAUAACAACGUUGGGACCGCAUGGCCUGAGGCUUAAGAUCUGGCAAUGUGCAUAUGACGUUCAAUCCUUCCAGAUGCAGGUUUUUUUUUUUUUUUUUGUGACAUGUUUGAUCAGGCAGAGCUGGUUUUGACUAACAAUAGAUUUCCGGAGAUGUGCCGUUUAUGGACACAGGAUUCCCCUGUAUGUGAGUUGCUAGACUUAACGCAGGCAUUUUGUUAUUUUAUGUAAUGUGAAUAAUAUGUUGUGCCUUAUUUCACCUU